AGCCGGCCUGCCGGCUCUUGAGGAGGCAGUGGGACUCGAUUUCCUGACCGUAGCGUGUGUGGCUGAUGCAAGUCAUUUCAUUCAAUCCUCUUUAGAGUCCCUGUGCGUGAAGAAUUACCAUCCUCGAUUCCCCGAGGUUGGAACUCGGGUUGUUGAAAUGCUAGAGCAGAUCAGCUCCCUCGAAAGGUCGUGAUGAAAGAACAGACCCAGUAAGUCGUCGCCGGAGCACCGUUUGGGGGUGCAGGUGAUGGCUGAGGCUGAACCAACACCUGCGGCUAUCCUGUCGAAUACUGGGGCUACCAGGAACGGUUAACCUAAUGGUUGCCAAUAGUCAACAUGGCCUCCAGACCGUGAGUUCCCAUUGGUGGCUGCUCUGAGGCCCCGCCCCCCCCCGAGCGUCGGCCCGGCGUCGCAGAGCCGAUAUCGCACCUUCCGGCCGAGCUGCGCCUGCGCAAGUCAUUGGCGCCAAGAUGGCGAUGGAGAUGAGGCUUCCAGUUGCUCGCAAGACUCUUAGCGAGACCUUGGGCCGCGACUCCAAGAAACACCUGGUGGUGCCGGGGGACACGAUCACUACGGACACGGGCUUCAUGCGAGGUCAUGGAACGUAUAUGGGGGAAGAGAAGCUCAUUGCCUCUGUGGCUGGCUCUGUGGAGAGAGUAAACAAGUUGAUCUGUGUGAAAGCUUUGAAAACCAGAUAUAAUGGUGAAGUAGGAGACAUUGUAGUGGGGAGAAUCACAGAGGUUCAACAGAAGAGGUGGAAGGUGGAGACCAACUCCAGGCUGGAUUCAGUCUUGCUUCUCUCAUCCAUGAACCUUCCUGGAGGAGAGCUGAGGAGAAGAUCUGCAGAAGAUGAGCUUGCAAUGAGAGGUUUCUUGCAGGAAGGGGAUCUUAUCAGUGCUGAGGUUCAGGCAGUGUUCUCUGAUGGAGCUGUCUCUCUGCACACGAGGAGCCUGAAAUAUGGAAAACUAGGUCAGGGUGUUCUGGUCCAAGUCUCUCCCUCCCUGGUGAAACGGCAAAAGACUCACUUCCAUGACCUGCCAUGUGGUGCCUCUGUCAUUCUGGGUAACAAUGGCUUCAUCUGGAUCUACCCAACGCCUGAGCACAAAGAAGAGGAUGCAGGAGGCUUCACUGCAAACCUGGAGCCUGUCUCCCUUGCUGAUCGGGAGGUGAUAUCCCGGCUUCGGAACUGCAUCGUCUCGCUAGUAACUCAGAGGAUGAUGCUGUAUGAUACCAGCAUCCUGUACUGCUACGAAGCAUCCCUUCCACAUCAGAUCAAAGACAUCUUAAAGCCAGAAAUAAUAGAGGAAAUCGUGAUGGAAACACGCCAGAGGCUUUUAGAACAGGAGGGAUAAGGAGUAGCUCCUGACAUAUGUUGCUGGACUGGUUCUUGAAACUGAAGAAUCUGAUGUGUGGACCCUACGUGUGACUCAGUGAAGACCUGAAAAAUUCAUUAUUUGAUCUGUGUUGACAGCCAUGUAGCCACGGCCUCCAGCCUACAGACCUGCUUUCUCCUGUUCUAAGACAAAGCCUGGGUGGAAGGUGAACAGUGCCUCUGGCCCUUCAGGUUGAUGGCUGAAUCCCAGCACUAGGGGCUGGUUUCAAGUCUUUCAAAGUGCAGUGUCCCAACCGCCAGCCAAAUGGGCUCAUCCUGGAGUAAUAUGGAGAAUCCUUUGUCUUACAUGCCCCGUCAUUCACAAGGCACAGUGCCCUGUCCAGUUGCCCCAGUGGGAAGCAUGGUAUCCCUGACCCCCAAAUAGUCUGCUUUUGGCUGCAUUCCACCCCCUUUAAAGCUCAAGUGUGACACUGAAGAAUACAGUUGGUAAGGUUAGCCCCGCAACCAAAUGGAAGAGUAAAGUUAACCAAGCAGCCUUUUGCUGGGUUGGAAUCUUAUUCCCAUUGUGUGUCCCUUCUAGUGACAGAUGCGUGUCCACACCAGGAUGCCUUGAUCUGUCCUGCUUGUUUGGGCGACUUGUAAGAAGCUGAAUUAUUAUCAAUAUAGAAUGAAUGUUCUGCA